AUGGAUCCGGAACUUGAGGAAUUAUUAAGACUCCAGAAGCAAGGGGAGGACGAUGAUGAAUCCAUUGUUGAUGUUGUCAAAUUCCGAACUAAAGCUGAGCAGGGUAUGCGCAAAUCUAAGCUCUCCUGCAAUAUGUUCAGCGGUAGUGUUGAAGAUAUACAAAUACCUGUACGAGACAGCCACAUGAACACUGGACGGAUAUAUCGUCCCCCCGGUUCAACACGGGACGAGCCCGUAAUUGUCUGGUAUCAUGGUGGUGGCUUUUGUCUUGGGGAUGUUUGUUAUGAUGACGACCAUUGCUAUAGACUUUGUGUGGAAUUGCAUGCAGUUAUUGUCAGCCUGAACUAUCGAUUGGCACCAGAGCAUCCAUUUCCUAUCCCGAUUCAUGAUUGUUGGGACGGUUUGCAAUGGGUUGCAUCCAAUCGCGACCGUCUUCAAUUGAACAUAGGGGCCGGCUUCAUCUUGAGCGGGAGCAGUGCAGGAGGAAACAUUGCCGCUGUCCUGAGUCUGCUAGCUCGGGAGUCUAAGGAUAUCCCGCUAACAGGUGUCUACCUUGGCCUUCCGAUUGUUGUGCAUCCAGAUGCUGUCCCCGAACGAUUUGUCAAAGGCUACCUUAGCUACGAAGAGAACAAAAAUGCGCCUAUCCUAUGCCAAAAAGAAAUCGCAGCUCUUGUGUCGGCCUAUAUGCCCGACCCUUUGAGCCCGCUUUAUUCCCCUCUCCUUUGGCCAAGCGGCCACGCUGGCCUCCCACCAACCUACUUUCAAGUCUGCGGGCUAGAUCCACUACGUGACGAUGGACUCAUUUACGAACGAAUGUUGAGGGAAGAGUAUAAUAUCAGGACCAAACUAGACAUUUACCCAGGGGUGCCUCAUGCGUUUCAAUCAUUCACCGACUUAAAAGUAACGAAGGAAUUCAAUCGGGACAUGGUCUCUGGUUUCAAAUGGUUGUUAGGUAUUGAAUAG